CUGAUAGAACGUGACAGCGGCCGUUACCUGCUCAGACUCAGUGUUCGGUACCGGGACGAGUAGCAGCGGCUCCUCACAGGAAGUUAAUACAUCGGUGUGAAGUGUAACGUUUAACGGAUGGACCGGCUCAGAGGAACACCUGCCGCACGUCAAAGUGGAGGUUGACGUCUCGAACUCCCUGUAACUUGCUCCACCGGUACCGUGAUGGCUCGGACCGGCCCCGGUUCGCUCCUCGCCCGCCGGAACAUCAAGCUGGACUCGUUCCUGAAGCGGAACACGGAGCGGGAGGUGUACGAGCGGAUCCGAGCCUACGAGCCGUGCGUGGUGGUCUCACACACCGUCAACAAGGUGUACAUGCACGUAGUGCUCACCGAUGAGCGCGUGUACCUCACCGAGUACCCGCCGCGCACGCUCACCGAGGCGUUCAGCUUCGAGCGCGUGAGAGACAUCCAGCUGGUCAAUGACCUCCCAGAUUUCCUAAGUGGGAAAGACAGGGAACUCUGCCAGCACAUCAGAAUCACCUAUGUCACUGGAAAGCCUGUGCAGAGUGGGCGUGAUUGGCUGAGAGUAGACCGGAGGGUGGGGCUUCCUCCUGUAGCCCCGCCCUCUCGCAGACCCAGCCACUGCUCAACAUUAGGCCACACGUCAGAAGGAUAUCCUGCACAGAGUGAGAAGGAGACGGAGGGGCUUCACAUGAUGAGGCAAACACGUUCUGCCUCCUGUCCAAACCCGGAGACUCUGGGCCUCCCGAGGUUCCCCCACCCUCCAGCCCAGCCUCCAUCCACACCACCAAACCUCUACUCCUCCAGCAGCUCCGCCACCUCUCCUCAGGCCAUCCCUGAGAAGGGCAAGGUGCCGAGGAGGAUCGGUUUAGUUCUGUCUCGCCUGUUGAAAAGAGACGGCGUGAAGAGCAGCGGAGAGGAGAAGGAGGCUGAGCUGCAUCUCUACGCCGUUUCACAUACGUCCAGACUUUACCUCCACCUGCAGAGCUCAUGGAACAGCUACAUCAUUAGGUCCACUCUGUUGUUAGACCCUCUCUACAGAGGAUGGUGCAGAGCUUCGUCUGACUCUCCUCCAGGAAAACGACUUCCUGUCAUCAGCUGGGAGCGGACAGCUCACCUGUUUGCUCAGCUGAGCUCUGAGCUGCAGCAGGAGGGGAUCAGUGUGGAGAGUCUCUACCUGCUGCUGCAGGAGUUGAGGACGGCUGCUCACCGCAGCGUCACCCUGCGCAGACUCUUCUGGAGGUCCGGUGAGGUGUGUGUAUUCCUGGUUCAGACUCUGGAGGAAUCUCUCCACGGCAGAGUCUACUCAGCAGAUCAGCUACUACUGAGCACUCUGAUCGUCCAGACGCUCGCCGUCAUGUUCAGGGAGACGGAGGUGGAGCCGGCCAGACUCAACCUGCUCUCAUCCAAAAAAGGUGCCCUGGCCUCCAGAAUGCUGCUUGCCUUGAUAUGUGAUCCAGAGCAACAAACACAAAACACAGGAUCUCUGAUCGACUGUGAGGCCUUACUGUCCGAGUAUCUGGACGCCGCCUGCUCGCUGCUGUCUGAGCUGCUGCUUUUAGGCCACGAGGCCAGCAGAUGUUCCUCUGCUGACAACUUCCUGUCUGUUGGAUGGAUCCUCCGAGUCCUGCAGCCUCACCCUCACCUGACGUCCUUCCUUGGUUACCAGGCUCAGCAGGUGGUCCUGGUUCUGUCCGACCUGCAGGAGUCCGUUCUGAGCCCAGUUCAGUCUGUGCUGUUAUUUCAGCGCUGUCGCCUCCUGCUGGCCUGCCUGCAGUACAACACCCAGCUGGGACAGCACCUCAGAUCUCACUUCAGGGAGGAGUUCAGGUAUUUUGUGAAGCUGUCAUGUGUCGAGGAGAAGCUGCCGCCUCACUACCUGAUCAGCCAGCCGACGCUGCGUCUGGUCGAGCAGAUCCAGACUCUGCUCAGAUGAUCGCACACAAGCACACAUGCACCGACACCUGAGAAAAGGACUGUGACAGCAUGUGCCUUUACUGAAGUCUGAGUGAUUAAACUUCACUGCUGCCUCAACGAACUGAGCAGUAAGCUGCUGCUAAUACAGACAAACACAAACCAACCAGGCAGAAAUAACAGCACUCGUCCACUCUGUAUAUUCACAUCGUUAAAAAACUGUACCUGUAAUUCCGGGCUGUUAGUCGUACUCUGCAGAAAUCUCCUCCAGGUGUUAUGAGCGUUACCUUAACACGUUAUUCUAAUAAAGGAAGGAAUUCUGCAUGAAAACAAA